UCCUCGUUCUGUGACUUUCUUUAAACACCGAUCGAUUUCACUGCUCAAUUUGGUAGCCUGGAUACACUUGCUUACCGACAACGACAGCGAGCGAUUUUUGUUUUUUCAGUAUUUCUCCGGCUUCUUCCAGAUUGGACGAUAAUGGUUCGCUCACGUUGAAUAUGUCCGCACUUCGCCGACUCAAAAAACUUAUCAAACAUGUUUUGCGUUCACGUCCUCCUGUCUUUUUGAGUUGUACAAAGUAUACAAAACUACGGAUAUUGUUAAACAGAUAAAAUACGACAGACCAGCAAUGUGGUACGAAUCAUGUGGUACGAAUGUCGGAAGAAAGAAUUGCGAAAACAAUAUUCAGCAGGGAACCAGCAAGAGGAUGCAGACUUCGUGGGAGGCAAUGCACACGUUGGCUAUACGCAGUGGAAGAGGAUAUGAGAUCCCUGAACGAGCGGGGGAACUGGAAGAACGCCGCCUAAGACCGACAAAGAUGGAACUCUACGAUACGCCCGCCAUUAGUGAGAUGACGCUGUAGCCAACAAGGUAUCAAGGCGUCGAAUCCCCCGGGACAGUAACAGGCCAUGGAUUGGUACUACAAUCUGCUGGCAAGGCGGCCCCAUUUCGUUGUCGUAUCGGUCGGUGUUUUCUCCGUUGCCUGCACCAUGGUAGCACUCAUCACUCGAAACCUGCCCGCUUUUGAUGAUCCGACACAGGGGUUUGAAGCACGCGGAACUUCGAUUGGUAUGCGUAUGACGGCAUGGCGUAAUUUGCUGGAAGAAACUAGGGCUUCCGGUAGGUUAAUUUCAAAUCCCAAAGAGUUGCUAGCGCAAUCGACGACAGAUUUCGGUUACGGGUUUCGAAACCCCAAACGUAAGAAAGACCGCAAGAAGGAGAAGGCUAAUGCGAAAAAGCGCAACAGGUUGAACAAGAGCAUUAGGAUCCUCAAAGAAUUAUCCAUCAACAAGUCUUCGAAUGGUGAACUAAUUAGCUUUGAAGAGUAUGACAACGAGACAUUUAGUAGUAGACACGAUAAUUGGGAGUAUGGCAAGAACAUGUCGUUUUACACAGAGGAGAGUGGCAACAAAACGAUGGAGAAAAAGCGUGCCAAGUGGGACUCGUUGAGAAACCUAAACCCUCCACCGGACCAAAUCGACAUGCAUAUUCCAGCUGAUGGGUUCUUCUGUGAAUCCCCGAAUAAAGAGUUCGCCCAUUUUGUAAUACAACGCGUCAAGCACAAUUUAAAUGACACAAUGUUCGAACUUAACGCUUUCCUUGCCAUGUGCGACUUGGAGCAAAGAAUCGUAAAUACCGAGCAUUACGUGGGUCUAUGCCAAAAAGAACUCACCAGCGACAAUUGUUGCCGUCCAUGGUCGGUAGUAAACUACGUCACGUUUCUAUCAAAUAAAACAUCCUGCUUCGAUCUCGAUGAGGAAGAUAUUGCCAUGGCGAAGACUUUGUUGUUCGAUUGUUUUCAGUAUUACCACAAUAUGAAGCUCAGCAAUGAUUGCGUACGGUCGAGUUGCGUGGUGCCGAAUGAGUGCAAACAGCACAAUGCGGUGUAUAACAUUUUGCACUACCUAGCGGAUGCGGAUUUUAUUAAAUUGAAUGAAUCUUCCGAGUUUUUGAACGCAACCAUGUUUUUUCUCCCGAUUGCCAGGAGUACUAAGUCACUGCCGUUUUACCACAGCUUACAACAAGAAAAUCUUGGCAACGAGUUGGUGGCUGUAGUGGCGAUUGAUAUGGGCCUCAAGAAUGCUCUGUUUGAUGAGUGCCUGUUGAAGGACGGCUGGCUUGUGGGAUUAGGUGGACUGUUUGUGGUAAUUUGCAUGUGGCUUUACACGAAAUCGCUAUUUGUCACGCUAAUGACUGUGGUUGCUGUGAUCUUCUCUCUUGGAAUUGCCUACUUUGCCUACACGCUGAUCUUUGAGCUAUCGUUCUUCCCAUUUAUGAACCUGUUGGCAGUGGUGGUGAUUGUUGGGAUAGGGGCAGAUGACGCAUUCAUUUUCCUGAAAAUCUGGCAAUGUGUUAUAGCGGAUCGAAUGAAACUCGGGGCGGUUAUGUUGGGGUCCGCGUCAUCCGACGCGGUUGUGGCUCGCUCAGAAACGUUGGUUGGGAUCAUGGGCAGUACUCUUAAACAUGCGGCAUUGUCGAUGCUGGUGACUUCACUAACCACCGCAGCGGCAUUCUACGCCCCGUACGCUAGUUCAAUAACAGCGAUCCGGUGUUUUGGUAUAUUCGCUGGAACGUCUGUUAUGGCUAAUUAUUUGUUGAUGGUCACGUGGCUGCCAGCAUCAGUGUCAAUUGCAGAGCGGAUAACCUGUUUUUCGCUGGUCAAACCGAUGGAUAAAUUCAUAGAAAAUUUAACCUAUCCAUUCAAGACAAUUAGUCAAUUAGGUAGAAAAAUAGAAGAUAUCAUAAUAUCAUUAGUAAUUAGUGUUCCAUUGUUGUGGAUAGUGUUGUUAGGUAUAACUGGUGUUCUAAGUGGUGUAAUGGUGCUACAUUGGCCAAAACUGAGACUGCCUGAUUCACCGGAUUUCAAGCUGUUCAUUAGUGGCCAUCCGUUUGAGCGUUACGAUAACGAGUUUAAGAACCUUUUUUGGUUCGAAAAAGUGUACACGACAACUGAUACCUUCAAGCUACCACUUCGGUUCGUGUGGGGUGUACAGCCAAUCGACAAUGGAAAUUUUCUAGAGCCGGAAAGCCGCGGAUCACUCUAUUUCGAUGACAGUUUUAACAUGAGCUCGCCUGAAUCGCAACAGUGGCUGCUGAGUUUUUGCAAGAACCUGAAAAACCAGACAUUCUAUCAGAUGAGCUACGGACUUCUUCUGCCCAAUUGUUUCAUCGAGAACUUUAUCAACUGGAUGUCGCGGCGAUGCAACGAUUUCAUGGGUGAGAUAGAUAGAACACCUUGCUGUGAAGUGUCUUCGUUUCCAUUCGCUCCGGAAGUUUUUGAUCAAUGUUUACCCGAAUCGAUCUCCAGUUUGUAUGAGACUCCUAGGCAGUUUUUCAUUCCUGGAGUGGCCGGGCCUAAGUUUGAAAGGCGACCAUUCGAUAACGGUAGUGGUCCUCCAGCACCCGUUAAAGCUGUUGUAAUUGAGUACGAGAGCAAUCAAAUCUUUACGAUGUCUUAUACGGAGAUUGACAACUUUGUCAGAUCGGUGGAAAAGUGGCUUAAGGGAAUGUUGGAAGAUGCGCCUCCAGGAAUGAAGAAUGCUUGGUUCAUAAGUGAAUUGGAGUUUUUUGAUCUUCAAGACACAUUAUCCACUGGGACCUUGGUGGCUAUCGGUAUGGCAAUGGGUGUAGCUUUACUAGUUUUGCUACUAGUAACAUUGAAUGUGCUGAUUAGUUUGUAUGCCAUAGUGACUGUUACGUUUACGAUUUUCACAACAGUGGCCGUUUUAGUGCUGCUUGGCUGGAAAUUGAAUGUGCUAGAAAGUAUAGCAGUUAGUUCAGCGAUAGGUUUAGCGGUAGAUUUUAGCUUACAUUACGGCGUUCACUAUAGACUUUCGACCGAUUCGAAUCGGAAAUCGGCGACGUACUACUCUUUGACCAGGAUGAUUGGUCCUACGGCAAUGGCAGCGUUAACAACUGCCGCUGCCGGAGCACUGAUGCUGCCCUCUAGGGUACUCGCUUACAUUCAAAUUGGUAUAUUUUUGGUGAUCGUUAUGUGUACCAGUUGGGUCUACGCAACAUUUUUUCUGAUGAGUUUGCUCAGGUUGAUUGGACCUCAACAGGGGUUUGGACAGUUUAGUUAUCCGAGCCUACGUACGCGUUUUCGCGAGGGCGCCAAGACUCAGAUGGAUACAACUAACCGACCGAAUCACCUCCAUCAUCAAAACACGGUUUCAGAGCAGCUGUUGUCUAAUUCAAGCUCCGCCGCGGGUGAGCUGGUUGGAUCUGAAUCCCAUGAACUAGACUCGCUGACGUCCAAUUCGAUCAUUAAGCCGAUAAAUCUGGACAUUUCGAGACCAAUCAAUUUCGACCGGGCAUUCAAGAAAAAAUAUUCGCUGCCUCGAGAACACAGCCCGUCGACGGCCAGUGCGAUUACGGUUGUUCUGCCGGAUGAUGUGGACUAUCGAAGCGGGUAAUUGUGAUUAGUUAGCACAGCGGUAUGUGCACUGUGGCAUAGUUCGACGAAACGAAAUUUAUAUCGUGAUUAUAUUUUUCCGACUCUACGAGAUUUAUCAUGUUGAUAUAAUGCUUUAGAAUUAAGUUAAAUUUUGAUAGACUAAACUAUACUAAUUGUCCGAGCACAUAAUCAGUCAAUAUUUUUACGAGCUUUGAUGAGGAAAAUCAUUUGGAGAUUCCCAUUCUAUUCUAGUUAUUUAUUUCGCCUUUUGUUGUCUCAUCCCGUAAGAAAUCACCAACGAACGAGUUUGUUUUCAAUUCUACUAUAAACCAGGAAAAGUGUAGAUUACUAAAGUUUAACUCGUUGGUGGAUGGGAUUAACUCGAUUAACUUGGAAAUUAAAUCGUUUAACGUGCUAGAUAUACAGAUAAACAUAAAAUUAAGACAAAGUGCUAUAUGAAUAAGGCUGAAUACACUCUGGUGUAGUGUUCGUAAAAAUAGAAAGAUUAGCCUGCGCACAAAAUAGUACACUGUUUGUCUCUCUUCGAAUUAUACAAAACUUUUAUAAUUUGUAAAACAAGCUAAAUACUGGAUUUCUUUGGUAAUCAAUAUUCGAUUCACGCAAAAAAUGAUGAAAACUAUUCGCCGCACUAAAAUGCUUUCG